AUGGCCGAGAAAGCUAUCGUAAGCGACUACGGUUGGCUUGUUGAAGGACCCGCACCCCAGAGAAAGACAAGGAAGAAGGUAGUUAGUGCAGAAAGAACAAGCAAGUUCGAUCCCGCGGUGGAAGUUUUGACUGAAGUUGAGUGUUUUCAGUUGUUUUUGAGCGAAGAAACUUUCUAUAACAUAUUGACUUUUUCAAACAAAAAAAUAGCGAAGAAACACAAAAUAAAGGAUAAGCUUUUGCCCAAACACAUUUACAGGUUUGUAGGGAUAUUGAUUUACAUGGGAGCCCACCACGACACCAAAAACCCCAUUGAAGAGCUUUGGUCCAUGGAAGAUGGAAAAGCUAUUUAUAGAACAGCCAUGUCGAGGAACAUGUUCAAGUUCAUUACUGCCAACAUUGAGACAUACGAUGUUGAUGCUCCAGGAGCAGUCGAAGUGCCACAGCCUCCCCCGGAUGACAAAAACAAAGAUGAUGAAGAUGCCAAUUGUGUCGAAGGUGCUGCAAGUGAAGAAGGCGACGAUGAAGAAGAAGACGAAAACAGAGAGUAUCUCAACAGUCUGGAAUUUGAUGACGAGAAAUUCCGAAUACUCUCCAAAAAGCAGCUGAAGAAAAGCGUCAGGGUGAAGAGGGGGAUCGAUCUCAAGGAAAACUAUCUAAAAUACUACACACCUAGCAAUUUUGUUUCGGUCGACAAGCAUCUCUGCUCAUUCAAAGGCAAGAUGUGGGCCAAGGUGUUCAUCAAGUCAAAACCUGGCCGCUACGGGAUCAAAUUCCGAAUGUCUGCUGACAGUGAAACUGGUAUGGCGUUAAACCUUCAGAUGUAUUGUGGUAAAUGUGGGGGGAGAGAAGAAAACCAAGGUUUCAGAGUAACCCGUGACAUGGUACUCCCCAUGCUGUGUCGCAGAUUCAAGACGACCGUGGUGUGCGACAACUUUUUCUGUACGUUGAAGUUGUCGCACUACCUUGCUGCCUUUGGUUGUCAACUUCUGGGCACCAUGAGGAUGAACAGGAAAGAAGUGCCUGCUGAAGCCAAGGAUGUGAAGAAGAGAAGCAGCGACACCACCAUUUUCUUCUCGAAGGGCAAGAGCAAACUUGUCUCCUACUACAACGAAAAGAAAAAGUUGGUGUUGCUGCUUACCACUUGCCACGACAAGGAUGAUAUUGUCGCAGUGGAGACCACCGUCUAUAGUGGGGGCAAGCAACAAGUUGUCCACAAGCCCCAGCCCAUCAUUGAUUACAACCACAAGAUGGGUGGGGUUGAUACCGCCGAUCAGAUGGUCAGGUAUUACAGCUGCAGACGCAAGACAUACAGAUGGAACAUUCGGGUCUUGUACGACAUGAUCGAUAUUGCGGCUCUCAAUGGGUACAAGACCUACUCAGCAUUCAAUAAAGGUGAUCGUAUUGAAUACCGGAAUAAGCUUUCAAGGGAUUUGAUGGCUUAUAAUUGA